CUGCUCCGUGCUCCACCCCUGGUGUUCCUGUUUUCCAGGUCUUUGUCCCCGGAACUUGCACUCACUCCUGGGUGUCCACUAGGGUUUUCUGCCCGCAUCUGGAUCCCAGUCCGACUAGCGUACAGUCCAGUGUCCUGUCCUACAGAAACCACGGCCUCCUCAAGUUUGGAAAGAAAGCAAGAAAAGAAAGGAAGAGGAAAAACAUCUUCCCGGCUACUUUCUACCGUCUCCUCACCUCCAGUGGUUUAUACUAUCGUCGAAGCUGUGAAGCAGUGGUGUGAAUCUCAGAUUCUUGGCUGCAGUUAGGGGGAAAAAAGUUUUUACGUGUUUUUAAACUGUUUUUUUUAUCGCGUCUUCGUGUUUUUUCGAUUGAGUCUGGAACUCGACAUUUAUCACACACACCCGAGCUCUCAAGCGGAGGACGUUUGGGCUGUGUUUGAGGCUAUUUUCGGCGUUUUUCCCCCCCUCAGAGUCGUUUCAGAGGUGGCUGCUGUGAAUGAAGUGUCUGUCGAGCUGAAGAAAUCAGCGCGUCUCCAUGAGGAAACUCAGCGUGGGAGUCGCUGAAACUCUGUCCUAGCUUACACACACCUGAGCGGCCACACAGAUACUCUUUUGUUUGCCUUUUCGUGCGGGUAGCGGUCGUUUUCUUGUUUUUGUAGCUGACACAAAAUGAAGACGCUGCUGGUGCUGUGUGCCGUUUGCACGCUGGUCGUGUUGUCUGUGUCCGGGGCCGCCGAGCAAAAGUUGAAAAACUGCAACGAAGUUCGUGCUGCUUACAGCUCCAAAGGCUUCAACGUGAACGAUGUUCCCAACAAAGGAGUCAACGGAGCCCCCUUGAAAGUGUGUCCGCAGGGUUUCUCCUGCUGCACGGUGGAGAUGGAGGAGAAGCUGAGCCAGCAGAGCCACACAGAGAUCAAAGCUCCUGUCUCCAGGCUCAGCACCAACCUACAGUCCACCUUCAAACAGAGGCACGACCACUUUGACAAGUUUUUCCGUGAGCUUUUGAAAAACGCAGAGGUGUCGCUGCACAACAUGUUCGUGCGAACGUACGGGAUGAUGUACGUGCAGAACGCAGAACUGUUCAAGAACUUCUUCGAGGCCCUGACUCGGUACUACGUGUCUGGCAGCGCCGCCGUCAACCUGGACUCCAUGCUGUCGGACUUCUGGGCAGACCUCCUGGAGAGGAUGUUCCGGCUGGUCAACGUGCAGUACGAAUUCAGCGACGCCUACAUGGAGUGCGUCAGCAGGUACACGGAACAGCUGCAGCCCUUCGGCGACGUGCCUCGCAAGCUCCGCAUCCAGCUGACACGAGCCUUCGUCGCUGCGCGCACCUUUGUGCGCGGCCUGGCACUCAUGCCCGAGGUGGUCAACAAAGUUUCCACGGUCAGCGCGUCUCCCAGCUGUGUUCGAGCAGCCAUGAAGAUGUUGUACUGUCCCUACUGCUCGGGCCAAGUGGCCCUGAAACCCUGCCAGAAUUACUGUUUGAAUGUGCUGCGGGGGUGUUUAGCCAACCAGGCCGACUUGGAUACAGAAUGGAACAACUUCCUCGAUGCCAUGCUUAGUCUAGCUGAGAGGCUCGAGGGUCCCUUUAACUUUGAAUCCGUCAUGGAUCCCAUUGACGUGAAGAUUUCGGAGGCCAUCAUGAACAUGCAGGAGAACAGCAUGCAAGUGUCGCAGAAAGUUUUCCAAGGAUGUGGUCAGCCUAAACCAAGCAUGGCCUUCCGUUCCACACGUUCUGUCAAAGAAACAGGCUUUACCGGCCGCUUCCGCCCUUACAGUCCUGAUGCAAGGCCCACCACUGCUGCAGGGACCAGUUUAGAUCGAUUGACAAAUGAUGUGAAGAAGAAGUUGAAACAUGCAAAGAAGUUCUGGUCCACAUUGCCAGAGACCGUGUGCGCAGGUGAGAGGAUUGCACCUGGGGACGAGUGCUGGAAUGGAACAGCAAAAAGCAGGUACGAGUCAGUUGUUAUUGGCAAUGGACUAGCCAAUCAGGUAUCAAACCCUGACGUGGAUGUGGACAUAACAAAGCCAGACAUUAUGAUUCGCAGUCAGAUUGCAGCUCUGAAGGAAAUGACGAGCUGGCUCAAAGCUGCACACAGCGGCAACGACAUCUCUAUUGAUAUCGAUGAAGAUGGCAGCGGGGGAGAGGAGAGCGGCAGCGGUUGCGACUCUCCAUCGUGCAACACAGACCGGGACAUCUACUUCUCCACUCCGCCGAACCCCGGCAAUCCCCGGGUUAAUCAAGUGGUGGUGGACAGAAAUUCAUCAGCUAUGGUUGCCUCACAGGGAAGCAUGGCGCUGGCGCUCUGCGGGCUGACCCUGGCCCUGCUUGCUCCCCACUUGAGAUAAAACUGGCUGGACAGGGAGAGGAAGAGAACGACCAGGAAUGACGGAGUGAAGGGGAAAACUGUCAGAGAGACUUUAAAAAGACUGCCUUCAGGACCUUGGACUGUCCGCCGUUGGGGGGGAGACUCUUCUUAAUAUUACAAUAACUUCACUUUUAAUUAUUUGUUUGUAUGUUUCUAAGGACAUCAGUGUACAGCAAUAUGAUUUUCUUCCCAAGAACUCCACCUCUUUUCCCCCCUUCCCCCAGAUAAACCUUAACUCCUUUUGGCUCUUUUGGAGCUGCACUAGGGUUCUGCUUGCAGCAUGACAAACAUUAUAUAAUUGUCUUGUUUUGGCAAUUCAAUCUCAUAAUUCAUCUUUGUGCCUUCUUCAGUGAUUGCCAUCUGAUAACUACAUAGUAAGCGGGAUGUUUGCUUGAACAAUGAGUUCCUGUGGUGGGACAUAACUUCAUAUUUCUGAGGAUGUUCUUUCUUUACAUUAUUCAGAGAUCAACGAAUCGUUCAAUGUUGUUAUAAAUAUUAACAAUUUAUAACAAUCAUUUCUUGCAUAUUAUGAAUGUGCACACUGUGAAUGUUUGUGUCCGUGCGUUUCUACAUUGACAUACAUCAGCCAGUCAGAUAUUAUGAAGCUAGCUUUUGAUCUCAACUAAGGAAGAGUUUGAACUUCUGUUCACUUUGCUUGGAGUUAAAAAUAUUUGCAGCUCAGAAAUACAGCAAGAGAAGUUACAGCACAGGUAUUUAUGUUUGACCUGGAGAUGGAAUCAUUCUUUAGAAGAGCUUUUUGGGGCGCUCUAUGAGCCCAAACAUGCAUAUCGUAUGUCUGCUACGAGCAUUAUCACAACCUAACUUUUUCAUUUCCUGAUUAAUUUUUAAUUUAAUUUCCUCAGCUUAAACCGUUCAGUAGUAAGGUCAUACCUCAUGCAUGCUCUCAUUGUCAAUGCAAUCUAGUGAUGUUGAGUUGAAAGUGUCUGAUAGAGUUGAGAUAUGUGGCUAGCAUCCUGGUAAAAGGUAACUGGUGUGGAAGAGGAAGGACUCCCCUGGCAUUACCCCGAAAGAAGGCAAAGCUGACAAGUCCUGAAUGCCCUUUUUGGUACUGUAAGCUCAGUUCAGCAGAGAGGAUCUGACUCUAUACAGUCUUACCUGUUUGAGAAGAAAAGGUGGCAACAUGUAUGUUCGGAGCGUUUCACAUUGAACUAGAGAGGAAGAACAAAAGACAGUGCUUUGAUCAAAUGAAAUCAAGGAAAGAUUAUUUUAAUACAGGGUUUUAUGUUGAAGAGGUGUUGUAAUUUUUAGCUAUUUUUGGUAUGAAGAUAUAUAUUAGGUACUACAGUGGAUUUUACUGCUAGUUUUAGGUGGUGGAAGAGGACAGUGUGCACAGAUAUUGGGGGCACUUUUUGGUCAGUGUGCACAGUUUUGGGGGGCUCUUUUUUUUUUUUUUUCCCCUUCUCUCCCCAUCCCCAACGCCCCCCCACGUUCCCCGUCCCACAAUACACACUUGUACCUCUGAAAUGGCCUGUGUCAGUAUGAACGGACUCAUCCUGAACCAUUUAAUCUACCUAUCCUCAUCCUCACGUUCUCAUCAUGCCAACUUGAGGUGGAAUGUUGAAGUAUUGUCACAAGUGCUACCAAAAUUGAUGCAAUGUAUGGUGCCUGACCUUUUUCUUUAACCUUGGUACAUUAUUAGCAACUUCUUGAGGUAAAAAAGAAUGUAGGUGUUGAUGAUUUGUAUCUGUUAUCUGCUCACAUUCCCUGAAGGGUGUUUGAGUAUAUUAUUACCAGCUGACAAGCACAACAUAAGAUUUUCUAUAUUUUCUAAUUUGCUAAUCGAGUCUAUAAGUUGCAUUUCCUGACCAUUUCAUCUCUAAAAUGAUGCUGCCUCAUGUAGCUUUUGUACAGUAACUUAUGCAUGUAUUCUAAUGUCAUUGCAAACAUGCUUUUAGAACUGACAUCCAAAAUACAGUAUUCAGAAUGUUUUGUUAUGCAAAACUUGAGGUGAAUAUAGAACAUCUGUCAAAAUAAUUGAUCGAUCAGAUUUGGUGGAUUUAAACAUGCAUUUUGUAAAAAUUGAAAAAAUGGAUUUGCAUUUUUCAAGUUUGUAUGCAGGUCCGAAACAGCUGGCUGCAGUUGAGGUGGUAAAAACUAGAAACAACAUUUUUUGCCUAGUUUGGCUCUGAGAUUGACAGGUUGACUGUAAGCCUACAUGAAGUUUUCAUCCAAAAAAAAGCGACGUUCCCAGUUAGCAGACUUGGAACAAAUCAAUAUUAAGAAUCUGACUUUGAAGGAUUUGAUGAAAGAUCUUAACAACCGACAUAAAAUACUGAAGCCUUAAUUUAAAAUGAUGAAGCUGUGCUUCAGCAGCUUGAUUUGGCAGUAGUUCUGCAUGUGCCCGGUUCAAUUCCGAUUUUUGUGUUCCACCAACAUUUCUGCAAGGGCUUGUGCAUGUGUUUGUGUCAUGUGGAAGAGUUGUGUCGAGUGUAAAGAAACCCAGCUUUCUGAGAGUCAGAGGAAAUGUGUUGGGUUAUGAUGGUAAAUGUCUGUGCUUGCGGGCCAGGGCAGCAACAUUUUCCGGCUGGCGGGAGUUGGUCCAGCAGCCGGAUGUUGUUCAUUUGAUCCACAGAGCAACUUCAGUCCAGUGACCUGAAAGUUGGGUUGGACAGGUGUUGAUAUCCCUCCAUCAGCCUUUGGCCCACAAGAACAGAAAGGACUCAUUUUCUGAGGAGAGACGGAGUGACUGACUGAAAAGAAUAAAAAGUGUGUAAAUAAAGAGCAGCCGUUUAGAUGUCUCUAAAAGAGGCCGUAACAGUACACCGGAUUUUUACUUGUCAGAGUAUCUCCUAAAUGUUAUGGAAAAACAAGAUGAGAUAGAUGUUAAAUUGUAAGAGAAAAUGUAUAUUAAACAACAUUUCUUAGUCUUGUUGAAAUAAAGACUGCCAAUA